AUGUGGAUUCUUCCUCUUGUCGGCUAUGCCGGCGCCCUUAUCGGCUUCUGCUUUCUGACGCUGGCCAUUGCCUCCGGGCUCUACUACCUGUCGGAGCUGGUCGAGGAGCACAGCGUCAUCGCCAAGCGCUUCCUUACGCGUCUGAUCUACACGGUCGUCAUCAUUCAGUCGGCUCUUUGGAUCGUUGAUGGGUUCCCCUUCGGGGCUACCAUGCUAGGCAUCUUCUCCCACGUCAUCUACUUGGGCAACAUGCGACGCUUCCCGUUCGUGAAGCUGUCGGAUCCCUUGUUCAUCCUCUCUUGCAUUUUGGUUCUCGUAAACCACUAUGUGUGGUUCCGCCACUUCUCCAACACGCAAUCACGAGCUUAUCAGAGAGCAUCCUACUACGAUCGCGUUGACGCCCCAAGCUUCACAAUGAUUGCUUCGUACUUUGGACUCUGCGUAUGGCUCGUGCCCUUUGCGUUGUUUGUUAGCCUUUCUGCUGGUGACAAUGUUCUUCCGACCAUUGGUACUGAGCCAUCGCAUGGCGGCCUGGAUGGCCACACCAAGCCCCAGGGGAUGGUCAAGGCAGUCGUGGAUCAGAUCCGUGGCGCCAUCGGUCAAAUUGCCGGCACAUCCGGGGGCGGCAGACCCUGA